UGCACAGUUAUUUUAACAUUACAUUUAUGGUUCAUUAGUAGUUCGGGUUUAGUGGCUGUGAUGUCUUUAAUUUUAAUUAUUUUUUUAAUCAUUGCUGCAAGUGGUGUUCCUAUAAAUGUGGUGCAAAAAGCUGCAGAAAAUGAAUUUGAGAAACUUGAUAAUUAUUUACCGAAAGUUGGAGAUUUUCCCAAAUUUCAUUAUUCUACGUUUGGGGGUAACACCGGCAGUGAUGAAUUAACGAAUGUAAUCGAAUUCAAAACCAAAGUAAAGGAAGAUGCUAAAAGUUUGGGCAGUGUAAUGGACUUUGUCAAAGACGGUGCAACUGCUGGAAUGGACUUGAUAAAAGAUGUUGGGAAUAUGAUAAUAUCAACUUUACACCCUGAAACUACGACGGAACAAGAGACUACAACAGUACCAUAUGAUGCUACAACAGAAAUAGAAAUUACAACAAAAGUUUUUGAUCAGUUAGAUCCAGUUUUUCUGGAAAAUAUUGACGACAACACGAAUAGAACAAUAAGGCAAGACGACGAGGAUGACGUUGAAGUCGAUAAAGACAAAAAUAACGAUAAAGAGAAAGAAAGUCAAGAGAGCGAUGAAGAAGAAGAAGAUGAGAAUAUGAUCACUGGCUUACUUUCAGCAUUUUUGAGUGGAUUGAGUAGACCCGACGGUAGUGUCGACGUUGAGGCAAUAACCGGCUUGUUGGGAAGUCUCAGUACUCAAAACCCCGAUGGUACUUAUGAUUUCAACGGCUUGACAGAGCUUUUGAUGAGCUUUUUUGGGGGAGGAGGUGAGGAAGGAGGCGGUUCCGAUUUUGGUGCUUUUUUAGGAGGUUUACUCGGAGCUUUUAUUAAAGGAGUCGCCCAACCUCCAGGAGCGAAAGGAUCUGGGAUUUUCGUUGGAAACCUUCUAACAGGAAUUUUACCAGCCUUGAGUGGACCGGCACCCACUGAGGAGGGCCAGACCGAGAAACCUCAACCUUCUUUGGACUCAGGGGGCUUUCUGGGGGGCCUUCUUUCUUCAAUUGCCGGAAGUAGUGGUAGUUUCAGUGCUGGAAGUAGCGGAGGCAAUAACGCCAACGGCGGGGGUGGCGGCUCCAAGUUUUCACUUUUCAAGGCGAUUUUUUCGAUGAUUACGUCAGUCUUUUCGUCGUCGUCGGCGGCGCAUUAGACAUAGGUAUAGGACUGUAUUUUUUAAUAAAUUAUCUCUAUGUGCAAUAAAUCAUUUUUUUAUUUUAUUGAUUGAUGUUGAGGUAUUUUCAUUUAAUCAAGAAUAUGGAUUAUAAAACUAUAUUUUACAUCUAAAACUCAGUACAUGUGAGACAUAUAUUUUAAAUAAGUCAAUUAUAAACCCCGUGUUGAAUGAAAUAUUGUUAGGCGUAAUUUAAGUUUAAUUUAAACCAUUUAUUAUAAACAUACCAACGUUUCCAACUGGCAUGCAUUAAUUCAUAAUAAAUAAUUAAAGCGUAAUUGUAGCAUUUUAGGACUUAUUAUAAAUAUUACAACGGUUUCUAGAUAAUGAAAUUAAAAACAAAUAUGUUUUGAUUAUAUCCUUCUUUAUUGAUUUAAAAUUGUGCAAUAACUAAAUUUGCAUGGCGACUACUAAAUUAAAAUGUUAUGGUAUGGUACAAAAGCGUCAAAUGUCAUAACUUUUACAAUAAUAGAUAGUUAUUUAAAACAAUGUUAAUAAUUAUAGUUACAAUAUAUACGACCAUCAAGCGUAGGUAGUUAUUUAUUUUUUAAAGAAUAAUUUCAAGUUUGAUUAAUGUAUUGCUUCUUAUAGUAGUAGUAGUAGCAGCAGCUAUUGUUGUCUCU